GCGAAGUGGAUGUGUAUGUCGACCCUGGUUUAUCCGCUUGUUCAUCUACGAUCUUCCUAUCGUUGAUUCGUAUUCGGUAACACGUAAAACGUGACUCUGCCAAUUAGAAAGAUAUCGUUCGGAGACGCGGUCGUACGUUAAAGCGCAUUUCGAUUGAAAAGUCAACAAAAAAUUGAUAUUUCGCGCAUUGACGUGUAAAAAGGAAGUAUUAGACGGAAAAGUAUAUACAUACAUACAUACGUACAUAUCCAUAGACGAAGGAAGGAGGAAGAACGACAGAGGAGAAAGAAGGAAGAAGAAAGUCGCUGUGUCAGAGGCUUUGCGUCUCGUGCCAUUCGCACGAGAGAAACGAUGAAGUUUGAAUACAAGGAGGGGCAUCCUUUCGAGAAGAGAAAGGCUGAGGGUGAAAAGAUACGACGAAAGUAUCCGGACAGGGUGCCUGUGAUCGUUGAAAAGGCACCUAAAGCCAAAAUUAGUGAUCUGGAUAAACAAAAAUAUCUUGUACCAUCUGACCUGACUGUUGGACAAUUUUACUUUCUAAUCCGCAAGAGGAUUCACCUUCGCCCAGAGGAUGCUUUGUUCUUCUUUGUUAACAAUAUCAUUCCUCCUACAAGCGCAACCAUGGGAUCUCUAUACGCGGAACAUCAUGAGGAGGACUUCUUCCUAUACAUAGCUUACAGCGAUGAAAAUGUGUAUGGGCACUAAAUAAUUGGAAUGUUGGUAAAUGCCAAAAAAUUAAAAAAAAAGAAAAAACG